ACUUGACCGCUUCAUUCAGGAUUUUCUGGAAAAUCUUUUUUCUCUUUUGCGUUUCAGACAGCCUGUUCCUAAUGCUAUACAUCUGAAACAUAAUUUGAAGAUGAUUACCUUGUCAGAGUUGUGCAAUAAUACCAAGAGAAACACCAACUAUGAGAGAGAUGUUGAUAAUACUGAAGUUGAAAACAUUAAGGACGAUUUCCUGCAGUAUUCUAAAACUUUAGCAAUCGCACGACAACGUGAAGAAAACUUAAAUGCAUUUUUCGAAACAUGUUCCAUUCAUGUGCCACAGGUGACUGAUGAUCAGAUGCAUAGCAUUGAUACAUGGGAAUGGCCAAUAAUAUAUGACAUAGUUGGAUCAGUUGUGCAUAGUAUAAAGUGCACAAACAUGACCGUCUGUGAUAAGUGUUUCACAGGUGUACUCUGGAAGGGUGAAGGGCAUCAUCCUUAUUCCUUUAUUGUUAAAAUGAGAAGUUACGAAGAGAACAGCCUUCUAUGUGUAUCGGAUUCCUGUUUUAAAGCAAUUUUGAAGACUGAAAUCACCUUCCGAAAUUUGGCAGACACACUUAUUCAACUAAAAGAUAUGAACAUUGUGCAGUUUCUAACAGCAGAGGUACAAUAUGUCUGGGAAGGAGCAAAUAUACCUUUAUGCCAUAAUAUCAGUACCAAAAUCCUGAAGAGGUUUAUCGCAAUGCGAUUGCGAAUACAUGGAUUAAACAGAAGAAAACAAUGUGCUGAAAUGAACAUUGAACGUAGUUAUAACAGUAAGACUAUAGCCAGGUUUACUACUAUUUAUUGAUUCGAAACAUGCAAUAAACAUAAGUGCAAUAAAGGUAGUUUUAGCAAUGUGCAAUAAAGAUAAUGUUCCUUAUAACUACAGGAAUUGGUUGUUUAACUCGUUACAAAACAAAAGUUAUUUAAAUAAGUAUACACAAAUACAGAUUAUUUUUUUUAUUUCUUAUGAUGUCCAAAUAUUAAUGCAAGUCAUUGUAUGAUUAUAAUUUCAUAAAUAUACAUGAAAAAUAUAUUAUUAGACUAUCUACAAUAGCACAGCUGUCCUGGAGCAGGCAGUAGCAUAUAUAUUUGUGCCUCAAGAUGGCGGCGGAGUGGGGGUACCAUUCGCGCCUCUAAUAUUUCGGACUCUAAGUUAUACUACCUCAUUUCUCCGACACAAACUGUGGAGGCUCGUAGCUGAGAUUUUUGGAACUAAGUUUUACGAGAGAAAAAGAUGCAAGCUGCACUACCAGUCUGUAGGCAGGUUACAAGUGGUUUCAGAAAAUUCUGAUAGAUGACACUAGGGCCCCGUGCAACAUCUUGACAUGUUGCGAAGAGUCGAGUGACGUUUAACCAAUUUGCGAUAUUUCGCCGGAUUUGGAGUCGCAAACCGGUCGUACUGAAA